UAAGUCGACUUGCCCAUUCACUAGAAUAUUUGAUGAAUUAUCGACGCAUAAUGAUGCAACUGCCAGUGAGAUUGACGAUAAGAAAAAUAUAACGGGGCAAUGAGGAAAUACAAUUGAGAAAGGAUAAUGACCGAUACCGUUUGACCAUAGACCUUGGAAGAAAAAGGUCGAUGCAUUUGAUCAUUCUUUGUUAUUUCUUCAGAGUGUGAAAAUGGUGUCAAUGGCUAGAUGGGUAGGUAAAGUAGCUGUUGUUACAGGGGCUAGUGCUGGAAUUGGUGCUUCGAUAUGUGAAAAACUUGUUGAAGAAGGACUACAUGUCGUUGGCAUUGCUAGGAGAAAGAACUUGAUGGAUGAAAUCUGUCAGAAACUGUCUGAUAAAAAAGGGAAAUUAUACUCGUUCCAAGCAGAUCUCAGCAACGAGAAAGAAAUAUUGGCAGCCUUCGAGUGGAUAAGAAAAAACCUGGGCCCGGUCCAUAUCCUAGUGAAUAAUGCGGGUCUCAUACUCCCCACCAAUCUCACAAAUGGAGAUACUGAAAUGUGGAGGACGAUUUUGGAGGUUAACGUUCUUGGAUUGUGCAUUGCAACGAGGGAAGCAAUUCAAGACAUGAAUAAGAACGAAAUAGAUGGACAUAUAGUUCACAUUAACAGUAUUGCUGGUCACAAGGUUCCAGAUAUACCACUCUUCAAUAUUUACCCAGCUUCUAAGUUUGCUGUAACCGCUUUAACUGAGAGCCUUAGAGUAGAGCUCAAUAGCUUGCAAUCAAAAAUCAAGAUCACGAGCAUAAGUCCUGGAGCUGUAGCAACCGAAUUCAUAAAUGCCAGCGGAAUUCAGCCAGAUGAACAAGUUUCGAAAGCAUUCAAAGUUUCACUGAAUCCUGAAGAUGUGGCUAACGCAGUUUUGUAUGUGCUGUCAACUCCUCCCCACGUACAGGUGCAAGAAUUGACCAUCAAACCUGUGAACGAACCAUUCUGACAUAAUCUGUUCAUGAAGAAAAAGUCAUUAAAGUGUUU